AUGGCGGUCGCCGGCAGUGGGAAGGAUUGCGUGAACCGUGCGCGCAGUGCCCGGACCCGACACAUUGCCCUGCGACGCCGUUCUGCCCAAACACCGUUACACCAUGCACGCCCAACACCCCGUGCGCGCCGGGAGGAGGCAGCACCGCCGCCAGGUGGUGGUUUGCCGGGGCCACCGCAGCCACCGUAUCCACCGCAGCCACCGCAGCCACCAUACCCGCCUCCGCCUCGUAAGCGUCGGCGGAGCGGGCCGAAGCAGCACAAGCUGAGGCACCAGAAACGCCUACGCAACCAGCAAAACCACCAGCAUGCCAAGCGACCGGCCAAGGCGAAGAAGCGGCAGCCUUCCGAGGACGAGGACUCGGAGGAGCGCGGUGAGAAGGCCGGCGAAGAGGCGAGUCAGCGCAGCGCGCAGCCGGUCGUCGCGGGCCGACGGUGCCACGAGGGCGACCAGUGCGACGACGGCCGUUCCUGUCCGCCGCGCGGGAGGUGCACCGGAGACGGACGCGAAUGCGACGCCGACCGCCCCUGCAGCGUCGAGGAGGGCGGCGACUGCGAGCGCCGCUGUCCCGCUAAAGGACCCAAGGAGGCGCGGCGAAAGCACAAGGCCCACCCGUCGGCCACCACUGCCUCUGAUGUCCAGGAGGCCUCUCACGAGGAUACGAGCGAGCAGCCUACAUCGAAAACGGAGAAACAAGGCAUGAAGCUGGAAAAACAUCCCCAACAGCAGAGGCAAGCACACAGCAGGAGACUUCAGAAAGCGAGCAAAACAAUUGUGCUCAUGAAUCAAAAUCGUGCUCCCACGCUUAGCAGCACAGCACCAUUGCCACUAAGCUACCAAGAUAAGUUUCUGAGGUUUACUUUCCUUGGCCAAUAA